GUUAAUGGGAGCUCGUUGUUUUUAUGACGGCAUACCAGCAAUCGCAUCAAGAGUCAUUUUCCGUGACGGGCUGCUGUACGGGUGCUUCUGCGGCAAAAUAGUGAAGCUGUCCAUGUACAAUAGUUUCUUGAUACGAUUAAUAGUAAAUUUAAUGUAAUAACAUCGUCAUCUGAAAACGCGGACCACUCAUAAUUGAGGGUGGCUUUACGGGUGGGCCAAAUUAAAGCCAAUGAGUGUUGAUGGGGGAUGUUGCCAACACAACUGAAGUCAUAGCAGAUCUUCAGUUCAUCUCUCUGUAAAGGUAGAAGGCUGAAUUCCCUAUUGAACGAAGGCCAACAUGGAAGCAAAGUCUCAACAGAAGUCCAUCGUUGAGAUCUACGUAGACUGGGCCAACCAUUAUUUGGCACGGAGCGGCGUUCAGCGCCAUCUCGGAGCGCUCGAGACAGACGUUCGCGACGGUAUUCUUCUUGCGUUGCUCAUAGAGGCUGUCUUGCAAUGCAAGGUUCCCGCCGUCAAUUUUAAUCCUAUCACGUCUCAGCACAUGUUGGACAAUAUUAGAGCGUGUCUCGAUCUCCUCCAACAACUUGGAGUUGAUGUUGACGGCAUUUCGCCUCACGAUAUCCACGAAGGCCACACAAAGCCAAUCCUGAGCUUGUUCUUCGGUCUGAGCCGUUUCAAGCAGACCCACAAACAGGCACUCAAGAUUUCGGCAGGCUUUACCAUAGCUCCAAACGCUUUAUCACCAGGAACAGUUCCGUCUAUAAGUUCUUCGUCCUCGAGUUUGACAACUUCCAAUGAAAAAAUGGUCGCUGCUGAUCUGCUAUCUCCGCCGACGGAGAUUCAGUCCAGGUUGCCGACGUUGACGACUGGGCUGGCCCGAGUCUCGUUUCUUGAUCGGCCUGGUUCGACCUCGUCCGUGCCUCGAAGGUAUUCCGCACACCCCGUCCUAUUGCAGGAUAACAGCAAUCCAAGAUCGCAUCACACCCUUGGACAUUCAGGCCACGUGAAGAACCACUCUAGUAAUGGCCACACUGCUACCUCAGGCAAUAACAGUCUUAAUCGACACCAAACGUCUCAUCAACAUCCGCAGCAUCGCAUCAGUCCAGGUUCUCAGUCGGGUGUGGCUCAAAAUCCCAAAAGCGGCUUGGUUCCGCCGUCAUCACGCGGUUCUCGGUCUAGUUCACCGUCACUUGCCACAGGCCAUAUCACCAGCGGCCUUACAAAAGGCAUUCCGAACCUCUCGAAUCAGAAACAGAGGCCAUCGUCCCUUGGCGGCUCGACACAAUCCUUGCCACAGGCUGCUUCUGGAAGAUCGUCGUCUAUACAAAAACCUGGCUCUAUUUCAAGAGCGCCUAGUAGUCAACAGGUGAACCAGGUACCCGUAGUGUCUCAAUCUAGCAAAGAGAUCCCUAAACCGAAAAAAGGAACGACGCAUGAACAGACUUCAAAACAGCUCAAAGCCCCUUCGGUGGGAGGAUUGCCAAAAACGCAGAUUGCCCAGGUAACUAAACUCGAGCCAACAGUUCCAGUAGGGUCAUCCUCGCGCCUUCCUGCGACCACCCGGAAGGCCCCUGGGUCUUUUGGAAACGGCGGUUCAAGACCACUUGCAACGGGACAGAAUCAGGCAGCUACUGCACCCGUGCAGAACGCGAAUACGUCCGAUCAGCCACAAAACCUAUCCGGAUUUCAGGGUAACAGGUCGGUAUCUAGUGUAUCAUCGAUUAGCGAUUGUUCGUCAUCUCUCAAUGCAGCAGCAAACACUUCUGGCCUGCCGACGCCUCCAUCAGGGCUGCGCCCUCCUUCAGGCCAUUUUGGUCGGCCGAAACCUUCACGGCCUAGCUCCGUAGUUUCGACAGCGUCCAGCGAUCAUAACGGCACUAGUAGCAAUAGCUCCCGUAGAAACAGUCGUCUACUUCAAAUCUCCACGCCUCCUCUUUUACCGGAGGCAACAGCGUCAGCUCCGCCACCGCCACUACCCCCAAAAGAGUCUGAAGUUGAACAGAGUCCAUCUUCAUUUCCGCCACGGCCUCCUAAGGACGCGCCGCCUUUACCUCCGAAGGCCGAACAGCUCGAGCGAACCCCCUCACCUCCUCCGAGACCGGAAACGCGACGUGCAGAAGACUUAUCACCGAAUUGUCAUAUUCGCGUUUCAGAACGAAACGUUGAACUUCUACUGUCCGAAGAGCCACCUCCGGCUAGCCUAAACGAUAUUUCGCCCGUCGAAGACACCUGUGAAGAAGUUGAGUGUCCUUCCGCGGAUGACAGCGGUAUCUCGUAUGAAGAGCACACGUCAUCACCCAAGCAGAGUCCCGAUCUGCUACAACAAAGGCUAUCAGACAGUUCCUCGCUUGGUAGCUCCUCGCGAGAAAGCCACAUUUCACAGGAGGACAAUCAGCCAACCGUCCUUGAAACGACUGUCUCCGAGGCCGCGAAAAUCAUCGAGGCCGAGGAGAUCCAGACCGUCCAAUUAACGAACGUAUGUACACUGAACGAAAAGGCUGAAGAGGUGAACGGAGAGAGGGAACAGGAAGUGGAAAUCGAAGAAGACGAAUACGAAGAAGACGAUCUGUUACAUAGUCAUGAAGGAGACCUGCAACACUCGCAGAACAGCCAUUUUUCAUCGUUAUCUGACACAGUGCUUAUUGUAGAUCCAUUGCUGAUUAAGAUACCUGAACCGCCACAGUUAGAGAUAAAAUCACUGACGUUUCCAAAGCCGACGGCAGCUGUAAAGGGUACCCAGCAAACGCCGCCCGUGUUAGCAUAUCAAGCUGAACUUGAACUUGGACGUAAUACGUUGCCCCGCUGCGGUCCCGCCAUGCACAAGGUGGCGAUGGUCUCACCGAUGGUCAACUCGCACGGAACUAACAAUAAUAAGCGUUCUCUUGAAGAACUCAAGAAGUCGACAGACAUAACGGAACAGCAAAGUCAACGUAAAGACGAAGACGAAGAGAUUGACUCAAUCAGUCCGAUGCAGCCAUUACAACCCCGUAAUGCUCCUUAUGGCAGCUAUUUGCGCAGUCCGUCGGCAAACCAGCCGGGCAGCCAAGGAGCGCCGAAUCAAGGAAGUAGUAGGUUUAUUCCGGGAGGAAAGUAUCACGUUCCGUCGCUGCGGCUGCAGGCCGAUCCCUCGCGAGUGGCAUUUGCGCGCCACCUCUUAGCGGCUUCUCGGGAUAUGGCUAGGCUCAAGCAUCACCCACCGGGUCAAGGUGCCGUCGGGCAACUAGGACAACUAGGCGCACUAAAGGAUGACGUAGGAGGAUAUUUAUCGGACGGAGACGUACUCAGGCCCGGUCGUGGAGGAUGCGCCGUCGGAGUUCUGGAAGAAAUCCCGAGUGGCUACCUGAGCGAAGGAGGCGCUAGUCUUUAUCGAAGACGCCAUGACGUACAACAGCACUCCGCCCAACAGUCGCCACACGUUGGCUCAACUCACCUCGGUGCUAACCCGAUCAGUCAAUUAAGUAUCGGAGGUACUCAGAGUGGACAAAAUGGGCGUCCAAAUUCCAACCAUCCUCAGGGAGGCAGCACCCCACACAAGAAAAUGGACCCUAAACUUAUCAAUGUCCUAUGUGAUGACAGCUUAAAAAUUCCUCCGAUAAACACAACUGUGCUUCGUCAUCCCCGCGUCAGAGCUUUGGAUGACAGCAGUUCAGUGUCGUCGGGUUGUCUUUCGGAUACCUUUAACGAGAUUUCAUCAACCAAUGACGCUCUCACCGACUCUUCGCUCAGCUCCGACCCGUACGGGGUGCUCAAGCGACACGGACUCCAUGCACAUUCAUCGGCUCAUCUACAAGCGGUAGCUGGGGCAGCCCAACAGCAUACAGCGGCCCACAGCGGCAGCGCACGGAAUCACGGCAGCAGCACUUCUACGAAUGACGUGAACUCUUCACCGUCCCAUGUAUCGCAACAUCUUCAACAGUCGCAAGUACAAAGUCAAAACCCACAGGCACAGCAGGCACUAGCAAAGAGAAGCAAGGAUGCUUCGGAUCGCGGUGCCACUGGAAGCAGCGACAAAGAUAAGAAGGAUAAGGACAAGAACAAGAAAAAGGAGGCCAAGGCCAAAUCGAAAAUGAUGCUAAUGAUUCGAAAUGGAGUUCCUUCGAAUGAAGUCAAACUCUAUGGAACCGUCGAUCCACCGGAAGCGAUUUUCGAGGCCGCCAAGAGUGAAGGUCUCAUGCAGCAGCAACAGUCACAGAUGAUGGAGCAGUCAUCAACUUCUUCAAUUUUGCUCAUGUCUACCUCGAUCAAAUCUGCUCGACUGGAAUCCGCCGCAAGCGUUGGUUCACUCACCUCGACGAAAAGCGCACCAGCAAAGGCACAACAGGCCCAAGCAAUUGAUCCUACCGAAUGGUCCCCUUAUAAACGACGCGGAGGUCCGGAUGAUGAUGCUUACGCAACACUAGAGGGCAUUCAAAGGGCGUACCUGCAUCAGCAAGAGCAGCAGCAGCAGCAACAGAUCCAGUGGCAACAGACCAUGGCCAACGCGACCUCUGGCUCGAACAAUUCUAGCAGCUGUAGUAAUAACGGUCAAGGCCAAAACGGAGCCUCAUCCCUAGUUUCGCAAGGACCCUCAGGCCAUCAUUUCAUGCACCACCCGUCGUUGCAUCCACCGCGCAUUAGCAAGAGUCUUCUUCAUGAGGCCGAGUCUAUGGAAAGUCUCUUGAGUGCUCACUCCCAGCAACAGCAGCAGCAACAGCAAAUGGCUCAAGCCCAGUCGGAGAGCUAUCAAGGCCAGCAUCAGGCAUCCAGCCAUGGAAUGACCUACUACAACCACCACCAGCAAAGUAGCCAGUUAAUGGCUAGUAACAGCGGUGGUAGUCCUGGCCAGCAGGCCCUGCAGCACAUGCGGCUGAUGAUGCAGGCCCGCUCCCCUCAUUCCACCUCCCCAAACAGUGGCAACAACAAUCACCCCAACUUAAGUUUAAACAACAGUCCGUAUAGCUCGCCUCAAAAGGUGCUUCCUCAAAAAAGCCUGAAUGCUCCAACCUCCUCGCCUCAUUCAUCUAUUUGUUAUUCACCCCCGUCGACUCCCCAACGCUCGCACUCGUCCAUGUCCCAUCACCGUUCCGAUGCAACAAGCUACACUUCCCUACAAAGUUGCCCUACGCAGUACUCAUCGACGGCCGGCGCCGUCCGACCGUUGAUGGGUUCCCCUUUAACCUCGUCCCCGAUUUCACCCUACCACCAAUCGCAAUACCAACAGCCAUCAGCUUACGCCUCGUCUUCGCUCAAGAUAAACCGCGCCGAACGGAGACAGGCACUGGACUACGCCAGCAAGACGCUGCCACACAACGCGACAAUGGCAAGCGGAAGCUCCCGACUUUCCCAGGGAGGCUCCCGGUUCUUGUACGGCGGCUCUUCGGGUUUGAACCACGUCACUCCUCCGAGGAGCGUUCGCUUCCCCAAAGACGACGAAGGUGGCUGUGGUGGUUUAGGAUCUACGCUAUCGCUGGUGUCAACGACGUCCUCAAUGUACUCUUCUCCAGAAGAGCGUCACGCUCUUGAGCUCAGGAGACUCCGCAAAGAGCUCGAACAUUCAAACGACAAGGUGGUCACACUCACUGCCCAACUCACCACUAAUGCACAUAUGGUAGCUGCUUUCGAGCAGUCGCUUUCUAAUAUGACCAGCCGGCUACAGCACCUUACAGCUACUGCUGAGCAAAAGGACUCCGAACUUCUUGAGCUCCGCAAAACGAUUGAGGCGCUUCAACAGCAGAGCGCCGAAGCUGGUCUGACGAAGGCAGCACUUCAGUCGAUGCAAGCCGUUCAAAGAAGUAAGACCUUUAGUGGUCCCAAUGGAGACAACGCAUCUAAGUCGUUGCCUCAGCUGGCUCACCUACAAGCGGCUGGGUCAGGAUCUUUUAAGCAAGAUAGUAAAAUAGUGGAGACGUCCUCGCAGCUAGAAUCCUGCGAGGACUCUAGCUCCUCUUCGCUGAUUCUCGGAAAUAGGGAUUCCCACCAGCUCGUACAGCACCAUAGCAAGGACAAACGUGGCGUAGUGAUACGAAGGCAUACGUUUAACAAUCCUGUAGCGACGGUGGCCAACAACAACAAUAACAACAACAAUAACAACAACAACAACAACAACAACAACAAUAACAACAACAACAACAACCACAACGUCAAGGAGAACACUGGUGGUGGUGUACCUAAUGCUUUACACGGAACAAGUCCUUCGACAGGGCCUGCUAACGGAGAGAAGGAAAAAAAGUCAGGGAUCAUGCUGCCCCGACAGCUGUCGAAUGACUCGAUGUCGUCAGUGAACUCGGCUAACUCACAAGGAUCACAGCAAUAUCAACAGCAAGGCCAAAUCUCGGGCAACAGUAACAAUUCAGGCAGUUCCCUGCGAACGGAUAAGGAACUACAGGAUCCGACUGCUGUCGACAAAAAGGUUAAAAAGAAGAAGGGAUCUGGCUGGCUGAGAUCUAGCUUCGGGAAAGCCUUUUCUAGGGGCAGCGGCGGUAGCGGCAAGGGCGAAGAUACAAACGGUAGCGACUCGUCUGUGCCGAACUCGCCGCAGGUCCCCAGGAGCUGUCCACUGCCCCCCGCGCCUAUCCAGGAGAUGGCCGAAGGUGAUGAGGCAGACGACAGCCCACAGGCAUCCAUGGCGGGAAGACAACCUACGAUUGGUCAACAACAACAGCAGCAGCAAGCUAGUGGACAGCAACAACAACAACAACAACAACAGCAACAAGGGGCAACCCAGGAGUUAGUCGAUGACCUGCGUAAACAGCUAAGAGACAAGGAUAUGGUCCUGACCGACAUCCGGCUCGAGGCUUUAUCCUCUGCCCAUCAGCUUGAUCAAAUGAAGGAGAUCGUCACAAAACUGAAGAAUGAAAUAUCCCACUUGAAGGCCGAAAACGAGCGAUUAUCGCGUAUAGUUGGGAGUGGCGGAGUCGGGUGCGGCCAAAAUAAUGGCGGCACAAAUGGAGGGCAGAAUUCCGAGAACAGUUCAGCCUGUUCGAUACCUAGUUUACUCAAGGCACACUCACUUGAGUCGAUCGAAAAACGAUUAUCAUCUUCGGAUCAGUCGGGAUCACCCACGGUUGAUAUGUACCUUAAUGAUAACAUCCAGGAAAGCCGUGAUAGCAAACGCAUCCCGAUAUCGGUCCACCUCAGAAUCACUGGCGACCUUGACAAGAUGCAGCCAGGUGGCUCCGAUGAUGAGAUCUUCAUCGGAUGUGUUGCCGUUAGCAACAAGACGUCGUGGCCCCUACUGGACGCCAUCGUUCGUAAAGCCUUCAAAGAGUAUGUUCUGAAAAUCGAUCCAGCCUCGAACCUUGGGCUGAGCGCUGAGUCGGUUCAGUGUUAUCACAUCGGCAACCUGGUCCGUACGAAGGACACAAUUCCAGAGCUCCUUCCCUGCGGUUAUCUCGUCGGCGACGACAUGCAAAUCAAGGUAGUCGUCAAGGGAACAACCCAGCAGAGUUCGCUCGACGCGCUCGCCUUCGAGACGCUCAUCCCAAAGUCGGUGCUCGCACGCUACAUCAGUCUUUUGACAGAGCACCGUCGCAUUAUCCUUUGUGGACCAAGUGGGACGGGAAAAACGUUCCUUGCAGAAAAACUUGCUGAAUUCUUGGCCAAAAAAGAUAACAGUAACGAAAAAGGAGAAGGCACCAUUGCAACAUUCAACGUCGACCGAAACAGUCAGGCUGACCUGAAAGGUUACCUAGCCCAUUUGGCCGAACAGUGCACGAAAAGAACGGGCGCCGAAAAUGAAAUCUCGGAUACACCCCAAGUUUUGAUUGUAGAUAAUUUGCACCAUGUCGCAUCGUUGUCCGAUGUUUUCAACGGGCUCCUACAUGCAAACAGCGAAAACUGCCCCUACAUUAUUGGAACAAUGAAUCAAACAAGAUGUUCGACGACAAACCUUCAACUAUCGCACAACUUCCGUUGGAUACUCUGCGCCAACCAUAUUGAGCCUGUUAAAGGACUUCUUGGCCGAUGUUUGCGUCGGAGACUGGUAGACCACGAAGCGCGGACGAACCUAAGGAGUAGCCCUGAACUUCAGCAGGUCAUCGAAUGGAUGCCCCAAGUUUGGAUGCACAUUAAUAAGUUUCUCGAGACGCACAACUCAGCGGAUGCCACGAUCGGUCCCCGUCUGUUCCUCAGUUGUCCGCUGGACGUCCUAUCGGCACAGGUCUGGUUUAAAGACUUAUGGAAUUUUACUUUAGCCCCGUACCUUAUAGAAGCAGCUCGUGAAGGACUCCAGCUAUAUGGUCAGCGGGCCGUAGGACCCUGGGAAGAUCCGGUAGAGUGGCUUAAACAAAGCUACCCCUUCGAACACACGCGGGCUAGCCAAGAACUGUCGACCAUCCGCGAAGAGGAUAUUACCUCUGGUGAAAGCACUACCCUCUCAAAUCGGGAUUCUGAUCCUUUGUUGAAUAUGCUGAUGCGUCUUCAAGAGGCAGCCUCGUAUUCACCUCAAACGAGCAUCAGCGAAACUCCUGCGGAUUGUAACUAGGCUUCAAGCUAUAAAUCUAUUUCUGUUUGAAGCAGCAGUAUCGAGCUCUGCCAGGUUAACAAGGGCAUAUCCUACAGAGAGAAACAUGUACGUCGGCCGUUUAUUGUAGAGAAGACGAUUAACAUUUGUCAACCAAGCUAGUACCCGUACGUAGAAUCCUAAUCCCGUACGUCCUGCGGCAUGAUCCAGGUGUUCUUGGGGCGUUGACAGCGAGACGUAAACAGUAAGGGAGCCGAAUUCCAAACAGGAGGAGGUUGACUCAACUUUCAUUACCUUCAAAGCUUACAACGUACAGCUGAAGACGACUACAAAGACUAUCAUCUGCUCAGCGAGAACCCAUCGAUGUAACUUGUAUAAAAUGUAUCAUAUUCCUCAAUAGAUAGUACGCUGAGGUAUUAGAUACCGAGGAUUGCCAAUCGAAACUAAUUCAUAUUCAGCCAUCUACCUACUGAGACGGAAAAUCUGCGGAGAGUGCGACCGGCACCUCGAAUGCGUUCAGUGAAGUAUUUAGCUGACUGAUUUUCUGCAUGUCGUGCGAGCUUGUGAGAAUACACAUACGAGAACGUGUUCGAACUGCUAUGAUUCAGCUCAGCUAUAUAUCCUAUGAUGAUGGUGGAAAAAAGCGACUAAAUGGAGCGGACGGCAACGACGAGAUCAAAAAGCCUCGAAUGGAGGAGCUAGAUAUGGCUCGUGUGCUGGCCAUCAUGCGGCAGCCGUAUCGAACGGACAUUUGUUGAAAUCUAUGGCAUGUCACAUCAGAAAUCGAUCAGAAAUUUUUGUGGAAAGCUCAAAACGAGAACAAACAGUGAAGAUCACAAGCAGGAAAAUUGAUUGUACUGAAAAGCUGGUUGAUGGUACACGAAUAUCUGAUUGUCUCAAUGAGCGUUUGCUUCUUUCUUUUCUUCUGGUAACGGAAGAUGACGGAACCUUUAUUAUUCUAUAAUAGUAUGACGAAAGAGAUUAUUAUAUUAUGAAGAUAGCAACGUCCCCCUACCAAAACGUAUCGGUUUCUAUUUUUUUCGACCAAAGAUAAGUGAUGAUAAGGAGAAACGCAAUGCAGCAAACGAAACAAAGAAAAAUAAAUAAACCUUUGUAAUAUACCUGGGAAGUUUGUACGUUUUGUUAUUCAAUAUUCAUAACAAACUAAUAAUAAAAUAUUAGUAUUUUAUUUAUAGCUUUUAGUACUUCUCAGUAACAAUGUAAGAGCAGAAGUCAAAGGUUUAAGAACGUCAUUAUAUAUACACCGAUACAUAUAGGAAGGUGGGUUAUUCGGGGGAGCUGAAACGCCACAUGGUAUGAAUUGAGACAGACCAAUCGGCUAUUAUAUUUUGGUUUCUAAUCGAGGCCAAGGAACCAGUUCUCUAAUCGUUAUUGAUCGAUAACAUGCGUUGAUUGAUGAAAUUAAUUGGGCACCAUGAAAGCAACAUGUCCCGUCUGUAUUUACUCUGGUAGUCCCAAACGUACUUACUUUCUAAUAUUGGUAUUGUGAAAUCUAUGUAAGAUAACAAUAAGAAAAACACUCUGUCGUUCGGUUGAGUUACACAAGCACCGGUCAUCUGCCCAGCUACGCUUCUUUCUUAAAAUCGCAACGACUGAAGCUUCCGUUUUCGACUGUUACGCGGAAUGACACGGUUAUAAUACCAGAAAAGCCCUAGUGCAAAUGUGGUGAUGAUUGUAAUGCAUAAAAGUGCAAGGCAGGCUAAAUACCUAAAUGCCCACUCGCGGUAUCUCAAUUCAACCGACCCAGAGUGCGUAGUUCCAGCGCCGUUUUUAGACAUACCACCAUUAUAAAAAAAAAAAAAAAAAAAACUAGAUUAAAAUAGGG